UUUCGAUUGCGAUUGAUGGAUGACAAUGCCUUUUAUUAUAUAUCUGCUACUACUCUGUUGCAGUUACUUCUUCUUCUUCUUCGAAUGGGAAAUUUGAAAAAUUGAUCAGUCGAAUCCAUCCCCGUUGCGAGCCAAAAAUGCGGGUGAAGGAGAUGCACCCGCUCUGCUGUAUCACGCUGGAGACCGGCAGCGGUAUCGGCGACCAGUCACCGGAGGCGUCGUCACUAUCGCGGACCCGGAGCUUGCCGGCGAGCCUGUCGGUCGGAUCUGACGGCAAUGCCGGACGGCAGACGGGAUCCGAGGCCACCGUCGCCGGAGUUCUCCACAAGUGGACCAAUUACGGCAAGGGGUGGAGAUCCAGGUGGUUCCUGCUGCGAAACGGCGUGCUCUCCUACGCCAAGAUUCGCUUGCCGGAGAAUCUCAACCUCUUGAACCCAAACGACGACGUUCGCGUCAUCGGCGAGAUCUCCACUCACCGCCUUUCGAGGAUUGACAGCGGGCGAAGACGGAAGCACCAGAAAACCGUAGGAGUCGUCCACCUCAAGAUAUCAUCCUUCAGAGAGAGCAAGUCGGAUGAUCGGAAGUUUUACAUAUUUACUGCUACAAAGACCCUUCAUUUAAGGACAAAUUCAAAGAAGGACCGGGCGGCUUGGUUGCAAGCUUUGGUGUCAACCCGGAGUCUAUAUCCGCUGAGAUUGUUGAGUGAUAAUCUCUCCCUUGUACAAACAGAUUUAUCUGUAUCUACUGAGAGACUAAAGAGCCGCCUACUUGAAGAGGGAACCAGCGAGAACACUGUAAAGGAUUGUGAGCAGAUAAUGCUCUCUGAAUUCUCUCAAUUACAAGGACAUCUUAAGGUUCUGUGCGAAGAACGGUCCAAUUUGUUCGACACAUUAAGACAGUUGGAGGCAGCUAACUUUGAAGCUGAAGCCUCUGGAAUUCAGGAUGUUGAAUACCAAUUGACGAAACAUGAGUUUUCCAGUUUGCGGCAGGGAAAAUAUAGUGAAUGCAGCACAACUGAAUCCUCUGACGAUAUUGAGAAACACGAGCUUGAGGAAGUGUCAGAUGAAGAUGAAGUGUCAUUUUUUGACACAAAAGAGUAUUUUACUGAACCCAGCAUAAGUUGUGGGUCUGUAUAUCCACACAUUGAAAGGAGAAAAGAGCUUCCUGUUCCAGUUGAGAAGGAGAAAGGGGUCAGCCUUUGGUCUAUGAUUAAAGACAAUGUGGGAAAGGAUCUUACUCGAGUUUGUCUUCCAGUGUAUUUUAAUGAGCCAAUAUCAUCUCUUCAAAAGUGUUGUGAGGACAUGGAGUACUCCUAUCUUUUGGAUCGGGCAUAUGAGAAUGGAAAAAUGGGAAACAGUCUCCAAAGGAUUCUAAAUGUUGCUGCAUUUGCGGUUUCUGGUUAUGCAUCAUCGGAAGGGCGGCACUGUAAGCCAUUCAAUCCUUUGUUAGGUGAAACUUAUGAAGCAGACUAUCCUGAUAAAGGAAUUCGCUUCUUCUCUGAAAAGGUCAGUCACCACCCAACACUCAUUGCUUGCCACUGUGAAGGUAGAGGGUGGAAGUUCUGGGCUGACAGCAAUCUCCGGUCAAAAUUUUGGGGGCGAUCGAUUCAGCUUGACCCUGUUGGAGUUUUAAGCGUGGAGUUUGAUGACGGCGAAAUUUUUCAGUGGAGCAAGGUCACAACAAAUAUAUAUAAUCUCAUUCUCGGUAAACUCUAUUGUGACCACCAUGGUACAAUGCACAUACGGGGUAAUCGUGAGUAUUCAUGCAAACUGAAGUUCAAAGAGCAAUCCAUUCUUGACCGAAAUCCUCACCAGGUCCAUGGAUUUGUUGAAGAUCUCGUGGGAAAAAAGGUUGCUACACUAUUUGGGAAGUGGGAUGACAGCAUGUAUUAUGUUGAUGGUGAAGUGGGUGGAAAGCCAAAUGUUUCAGAUGCUUCCUUGUUGUGGAAAGGAAGUAAACCACCUGAUAUCACACGGUACAACUUAACAUCGUUCGCUAUCACACUGAAUGAGCUAACACGUGGACUACAGGAGAAGCUUCCACCCACGGAUUCCAGACUCAGGCCAGACCAGCGGCACCUGGAGAAUGGAGAAUAUGAAAAGGCAAAUGCAGAGAAGCAGCGGUUGGAAAGAAGGCAAAGAAUGUCGAGGAAACUACAAGAAAAUGGGUGGAAACCCAGAUGGUUUCAGAGAGAAGGUGAAGAUGGACCUUUCCGCUAUGUUGGGGGAUAUUGGGAAUCACGGAAGCAGGGAAAAUGGGAUGAAUGCCCAAAUAUUUUUGGUGAAUUUGAUGAAGGCCUUGAUUCAUUAGAAGGGUCAUGAUUGCAUUCAGUCAUGCAGGAACACAAAACGCCUUGAGGUACACAGGCACAGCUGUGCACAUAGAUAUAGCUUGGCACUUCGGGUUCUGUUCUAUUUGUGAUGGAGCUGAACCUACCUUGGCAUUCAAAUGGGAAUUAUAUAUCUUUUAACUGUAAGAUGAUGGUUAGAUUGUAGUCUUAUGUCCUUGUAAUUGUAUCCUUGUCAGUAUCCAAACUAUCUAAUCUCUCUGUCAUAUGUUGUAGUCUCUGUCAUCUCUUUGGGUGCUGAGCCAUUGGUUCAGCACUGUCAUAAUUAUUUGUACUUUCCCUUUUAGCAAUAAAAAAGAAAGAUGUAAUUUUUUCCUCAUUGAGUUGUAUAAUAUCUUCGAUCAGGCAAUCGCUCUACGUUCUUGCUAGAACCUUAAG